AUGUCCACCAUUAAUUUAUUCAAGCCACUUGUAUGGAUUGAUCUUGAAAUGACUGGACUGGAUCUUGAACGAGAUGUAAUUAUAGAGAUUGCUUGCAUUAUCACUGAUGGAAAUCUAAACGCUGUACAAGAAAGAUACGAUCUUGUUUUACAUCAGCCAAAAAGCGUUAUGGAUCAGAUGAACGACUGGUGUAUUCAAACCCAUGGCGAAUCUGGUUUAACAAAACAAGUCAUUGAAUCUACACUUACACUCAAAGAUGCCGAGGCAACCAUUCUUGAUUUUGUUAAACGUCAUAUUCCUAAACAGCGUGAAGGUGUGUUGGCUGGCAAUAGCGUUCAUGUGGAUCGUCAGUUUCUGCAUAAGCACAUGCCUUUGCUCAUCGAUCAUUUGCAUUAUCGAAUUGUGGAUGUGAGUUCUAUCAAGGAGAUUGGAAUGAGAUGGUACCCUGAUUUUUAUAAAAAAGCACCGAAAAAGAAACUGGCUCAUCGGGCCAUGGGUGAUAUCCUUGAAAGUAUUGAAGAGCUCAAGGCAUAUCGACUAUUGAUGUUCAAGCAGAAUUUGCCAUAG